UGGACCAGGGCAGAUCCUGCCACGAUCGGUCGGCAGUGUUGUGCAGCUGCAGAUCGUUGAUAGAGAAUCCCGGUCUAGUCCAUUCUCCACACGAUUGGAAGUGGGCAGGAGCAACAAUUUUCGAAGAGGAACUUUAAACCCUGGAGAUGUGGCUUCAGAUAUUUGCAUAAUAAGGGAAACAGUUCUAAAUCGGGACUUCUCAACCUUGAAACAUCUGGAACUGAUCCUUCCUGGGCAUCAGUAAAUAGGGGAACUUUUAUAUGUGACGAGUGUUGCAGUGUCCAUCGGAGUCUAGGGCGUCAUAUCUCCCAAGUAAGGCAUCUUAAACAUACACCGUGGCCUCCAACACUUCUUCAGAUGGUUGAGACCUUGUAUAACAAUGGUGCUAAUUCUAUAUGGGAGCAUUCUCUGCUGGACCCUGCAUCUAUUAUGAGUGGAAGACGAAAAGCUAAUCCACAGGAUAAAGUACAUCCCACUAAAGCAGAAUUCAUCAGAGCCAAGUAUCAGAUGUUAGCAUUUGUCCAUCGCUUGCCCUGCCGGGAUGAUGAUAGUGUCACUGCCAAAGAUCUUAGCAAGCAACUCCAUUCAAGCGUGAGAACAGGGAAUCUUGAAACCUGUCUGAGACUGUUAUCUUUAGGAGCCCAAGCCAACUUCUUUCAUCCCGAAAAAGGAAACACACCACUCCAUGUUGCCUCCAAAGCAGGGCAGAUUUUACAGGCAGAAUUAUUGGCAGUAUAUGGAGCAGACCCAGGCACACAAGAUUCUAGUGGGAAAACUCCUGUUGACUAUGCAAGGCAAGGAGGGCACUAUGAGCUGGCAGAACGCCUUGUAGAAAUACAGUAUGAGCUGACUGACAGACUGGCAUUCUACCUCUGUGGCAGGAAACCAGAUCACAAAAAUGGACAGCACUUUAUAAUACCUCAAAUGGCAGACAGCAGCCUGGAUUUGUCUGAAUUGGCAAAAGCUGCUAAGAAGAAACUUCAGUCUCUAAGUAAUCAUUUGUUUGAAGAGCUUGCCAUGGAUGUGUACGAUGAAGUUGACAGGCGAGAGACUGAUGCAGUCUGGCUUGCCACGCAAAACCACAGCACCCUGGUAACCGAGACAACCGUCGUCCCCUUUCUUCCGGUCAAUCCUGAGUACUCAUCAACACGAAACCAGGGCAGACAGAAACUCGCUCGGUUUAAUGCCCAUGAGUUUGCCACACUCGUUAUUGACAUUCUCGGCGAUGCCAAGAGGAGACAGCAGGGAAGUCCCCUCUCUAGUUCAAAAGACAGUGUGGAGCUUAUCCUGAAAACAAUCAAUAGCCAGCACAGUACUGAGAGUCAGGACAACGACCAGCCAGACUAUGACAGUGUGGCGUCAGACGAAGACACUGACUUGGAAACCACAGCAAGCAAGGCAAACCGGCAGAAGAGCCUAGAUUCAGAUUUAUCAGAUGGACCAGUCACUGUACAGGAAUUUAUGGAGGUCAAAAACGCUCUAGUGGCUUCUGAGGCCAAGAUACAGCAGCUAAUGAAGGUGAAUAACAACUUGAGUGACGAGCUGAGAAUUAUGCAGAAAAAGCUUCAAACACUCCAGAGUGAGAAUUCCAGCCUCAGGAAACAGGCCACAACCAAUGUAUAUCAGGUGCAAACUGGUUCUGAGUACCCAGAAACUGCCAACCACUCUUCCUUAAAGCGACGUCCAUCUGCCCGGGGCAGUAGGCCCAUGUCCAUGUACGAGACGGGAUCAGGUCAGAAAGCGUAUCUCCCAAUGGGAGAAGCGAACCACCCGGAGGAGAGCAGGACGAGACUGCAGCCCUUCCCUACGCACAUCGGGAGGAGUGCACUUGUGACCUCCUCUUCAUCUCUGCCUUCCUUCCCCUCCACACUUUGCUGGUCGAGGGAAGAAACCACCCGAAGGGCUUCCAGGCUAGAGAAACAGAACAGCACCCCUGAGAGUGACUAUGACAACACGCCCAAUGACAUGGAGCCAGAAGACAUGGGGUCAGGCCGAAAGGGCAGGCAGAGGAGCAUGGUGUGGCCAGUGGAUAGCUUAGUAUCAGAUGCGACAGAACCCCACGCAUCACCGAGCCCCACGCUCCCCAGCACCGAGGACGUCAUCCGGAAGACGGAACAGAUCACCAAAAACAUACAGGAGCUCUUAAGAGCAGCCCAGGAAAAUAAACAUGACAGUUAUAUUCCCUGCUCAGAGAGGAUACAUGUAGCUGUUACAGAAAUGGCCUUACUAUUCCCCAAAAAACCCAAGUCUGACAUGGUGAGGACUUCCCUUCGUUUACUGACGUCCAGUGCCUAUCUGCUGCAGUCAGAGUGCAAGAAGGCCCUCCCGGGGGACUCCGGCUCACCCACCGACGUCCAGCUGGUCACACAGCAGGUCAUCCAGUGCGCGUAUGACAUCGCCAAGGCCGCCAAGCAGCUGGUCACCAUCACUACCAAAGAGAACAACAACUGAGCCGCGGGGCGCUAUCCCUUCUAUUUUUUAGGCUUUUUAAAGUCUGAUUGCAAAUUUAGACACGGAACUCUUCAGAUUUUUACAAAAACAUUGAAUGACAAUUUAAAACUUUUUAAAAGAAAACUCAGUAUUAUUUUUGCAUGUUUUCUAACAAAUUUUUGACUAUUAAUUUAACCGACUUGCCUUAUUUUGUGCCUGUUUACCGGUUUAGUUUCUGAUGUCCUGUUGUGUUGUCUGCAACUGUUGAGGUCAUGACCGUAUGCACCCAAAGUAGUUCCAUUGCUCAGAAUUUGUUAAGCCUUUUCCAUCCCUUAAAACUUCCUGUCUAUGGGUAAAAGUGUAAAGGAGAUAUUUUAGUAAAACAUUUUCUUGAGAGAGUUGGUUUUUAAAAAAAAAAAAAAUCAACAUUACCUGUUCCCUGUGAAGCAUUGUGCAAUAAGUCAGUUUUUCAGCCUGCAAAAUCUCUUAAGUUUGGGGUAUCUCCGAGCAUGCAUGCAGAGAAAGGACUUCGCAUUUUCUAAAAAAAGAGUGUAACAACCUCUCUCGGAGGAAAUACUAAAUUGUUCCAUUUCUAAUAGUAUGAAUCAUGUUAAAUGUUCUGUUUUUUAUCAUGAUUUUCUGCUUCUAUCUUCCUGUCAUCUUGAAGUCUCCAUAGAGUCAGAUAAAGAUUCUCGCUCCACAUGUGUCCCACUUACGGUUCAGGGUAGGAGCAUACCUGUCAUCCGUCACCCAUUGUCAAGCACUCUGCCUUUCCCGCUGAGCUGGGCAGUUUAUUUAGAACACGCGGAAAGAGAAGCAUCAGUCUAACAAGCCAUAACUGAUUCUGUACCACCCAUUCAGGUACCACUGCCAUGAACUGACAUUGCAUUGUACCCCUCCUCCAAAACUCAGUUACUCCUUAAACCACUGACAGCUUCCUCCUGAGCUGCUUCGCGUGUCCUGUCAUCUGUAAGGACUUCUAAGGUAAGAUGUAAGCAGUCGUCUUAGUUUUUCCCCCUUACCUUGCUGAUACUUGGCAAUUAGAUAUGAGAGUUCUUUCAAGAACUCCAUGAAGAAUGUGCCUACCUGACCGUAACGCUCCCAAAGCUCUGAAAGAGUAGAGGUCAAAAUCUAGAACAUGCUGAGGCUGUGUCUUACAUGACUCAGAAGCCCUUUCUUGUGCUGUUAGAGCACAUUCCUGCCCUGCGUGUUGCAGGGGUCUCGUGGGAGGCGGCUCAGCCCCUGACAUGAUGGAGCCAGCGAUGCGCCGUGAGGUGAGCCUGGUGCGCAGCAGAGGGCACUAGUAGGGCCAGCUGGGGAGCCCUGGCCAGCUGUUAGGUUUCCCCACUCCACUCAUGUUGCCAGUGGAAACUAGGACUGGGGUUGCCAAAACUUUGAUUUUUUUUUGUUUUCAAGAGACACCGGACAUCUGGAUCUUUUGGUGCUACCUCUCUAAUUAUAAAUGUUGGCAUGUCCGCGGAAACUGCACGGGACAGCUUCGAUCUCUAAGCUGCCUCUCACAGCUCCCACCCAUGGCCUAUGAGCUAUGCAGUGCAAGGGCCCCACUUCCCGACCAUACUGCGUUCACCUGAGCGGGACUGGCAGACUGCCCUCUACCCUCUGUUGAGUUGCCAUCAGCCCUCUUCUUACCCGUAUAUUCUGUCCCACAGAGUCAUUCGUGGAGAAGUCAAAAUGAUCAAAGUACAGGUCACUCCCCGUGUGCUGAGCAAGCCUUUGUCUUCACCGACCUGACUGGGGAACACCUUUACAGGUUGAUCAUACACUGUCAUUGAACAUAGCCCUCCCGUGGCGUUGUUUAUUAGGUCACGGUGUGUGCCUGCUCUGGGCUUGCUACACUGUGAGGAGCAUGGCACAAGGGUCUACAUCUCCAGCACUCAGCCACUGACGUGUCUGCACAGCCCUAAGUGCUACAUCCCUGUUGGAUGCCCAGGAGAUGCCUUCUAGAAGGGGCCUCCUUACCUUAAAUUCAAGCACUGCCUGACACCUUUAUCUGCAUGCUUCGUGGAUUCAGCUGUCCCUCCUCUUCCUUGGGAACACCUACCCCUCUGUCAGGCUCCCCGGGGUCCUUGGGAAAGGCCUAUUGACAGUCCUGAGCCAAUGCCCCUGGCCUCCCAGAGAAGACAGACCCCCACAGAGGCUCUGGGAGGGGAGCUGUCGGCAGAACACCCAAGUGCCUGCAACAGAGGACAUUGUCUUUAUGCCCCUGGACAAAGUCAAGGAAUGUAGGGUCCAACAAAAUAUUUCUAGCUGUGAAAACACCACAGGAGAGUUUGCCCGGUGAACUUGCAGUGCCAAACUCAGACAGGAGUUCCCAGGUAGAGCAACAGGCACUAGGAGGCCUGCAUGUCUGCACAUUUCCGUAGCCUUGGCUGAGAGCUGGUGUCAGAGUUCUCCGCUCCUCCUGGCAGGUCGCGCCUUGUCUGCAUGCAUGUUCCAGCCCCUUUGGCACACAGAUCUCGUUGCCUUGCACAAACCACAUCUGCAGCCUGUCAUGUGUUUUUUCACCCUUUCUUCCCUGAAACUCAUGGGACAGAGGUGCACUUUAUGAGUUGGCACUUGGCUAAACAGAAGGAAGCAGCUCUACCCGAGCUCCUAGGCACUGAACUCAUCUUCCAUGUUGGAAUGCAGAUAGUUCUUUUUUUUUUUUUUUUUUUUUAAUCUUUUU